UCAAAGCAAGGACAAGACUGCGACGACAAUGUUUCUCCAUUUUGGAAUAUUACUUCUUCUGUCCCAAGGACUGGUUGGCGAAGUGGACGUUUCGGAAGCUAUCGAUGGAGACAGCCGUAUAAUAGGUGGCCAAGAUGCCACUCCAGGCAUGGCUAAAUACCAAGUCUCAAUACGUAUUCAUAAAAGAAAACGAGAAGGGCACGGUUGUGGAGGGUCUAUUAUAAACGAACAGUACGUGUUAACAGCCGCACAUUGCGUUUUUCGCAAAAAAUUGAAAGAUAUGUCAAUAGUCGUUGGCAGUAACAAGCUCAGUAAAGGUGGCGACCGUUACAUGAUUAAGAAAUUGGUCCCUCAUGAGAACUAUUCUCCACGGACUAUAAAGAAUGACAUAGCCAUCAUACAGAUCGAAGGAAAAUUCAAAUUCAGCGAUAAGGUUCAACCAAUUGAGUUGUUAAAAGAAAUGGCACCCGUUGGAAAGAAAUGUCUCUUGACUGGCUGGGGAUACACGGAUUAUAAUAAAAUAACUGUACCAAACAAUCUGCAAAUGUUGGAGUUUGAAACAUUAAGCAAUGACGACUGCAAUAAACAAUUAAAUCGCUCGCAUUUUACGAACUUGCUGCCCCUAGACGCCGGGCAACUCUGCGUUAAGCGCCCGAAGGGCACAGGUGCAUGCCAUGGUGAUUCUGGUGGUCCUCUCGUCAUUCAGGACGAUAAGAACAAAACUGUUCAAAUGGGAGUCGUGUCUUGGGGAGUUCCGUGCGGCAAAAACUUUCCUGAUGUAUUUUCUUCAGUCCAUGGUUUCUUCGAUUGGAUAUGGAGCAAAAUUAAUUGAAUUAUUUAAUAAUUCAAGAUGGUUAC